AUGCAGAGGAGUUUCCGCAACCUGGUCGCAGAGGUUGCACAACUGAUUGUUGGUCAACCCCCUGUUGGAGAGAUUGUCAUUGAAGAGGAGUUGGCCACAAACGGAAAGCCAAGUGAAGAAGUGACACUUGUCCUCGACCUUAUCUUUCCAGAGCUUGGACAAGUUGCAAGUGGAGUACGAGCCAAUGAAUUGUGCCAAGGCUGCGUGUACAUCAAAGAGGCGUACUGCGUCUACUGGACGAGCUGCGCCAAAGGUGUCCAUACAGGGCAGAUGGUCCUCAAGGUCGUGGAGGCCAUUGAUGUGUAUCUUGCUGGCACUGUGAUGCUCAUCUUCGGGAUGGGUCUCUACGGGCUGUUCAUCAGCAACGCGUCCAACGAUCUGCCCUCCGGAUCCGACCGGGCUCUGCAGGGAUCGUCGCUGUUUGGGAUGUUCGCUCUGAAGGAGAGGCCGAAGUGGAUGAAGAUCACGUCGCUGGACGAGCUCAAGACGAAGGUGGGGCACGUCAUCGUGAUGAUCCUGCUGGUGAAGAUGUUCGAGCGGAGCAAAAUGGUGAAGAUCACCACGGGGCUGGACCUGCUCAGCUACUCGGUCUGCAUCUUCCUCUCCUCGGCCUCCCUCUACAUCCUCCACAACCUCCACCGGCCCGAGCACGAGGAGUCGGUCAUGCCCCAUUUGUAA